AUGCCCACUCAACCCGACAACCCUGCGCCCGCACCCGACUUCGACUCGAUGCUCUCCCGCAAGUUCGGCWAGGAGAUUGCCAACUACUUCUCGGGCUCGCCGCUCAACCGCGUGGGAUUCCUCCGCGGGGACCACAGCUUCCUAUCCAAAGCUCUGCACCAUCCAUCCACCAGCUUCCUGCUGCUGAAUGACCUACAGCCUCUGAUUCAACCCGACACCGCCCCCGGUCAAGGCAAGCUCGCAUGGGUUAAAUACAGCGAUGUCAAGCCCGUCAUUGGCGAUGAUCCAUUUGCCACGACGGAGAAGGAGAUGAUCGAGGCAUACAACAGCGACAAAUACUCUCCGCAGAUGAUCUUCUUGGGCAUUGACGAAAAGCAAAAGGAUGGCUUAAGCUAUCAAGGAAAGAACAUGUACACAGGAGCUCCUUACUUUGCCGUGGAUGUCACACCCAGAGACAGCGUCAAGGAGGCCUGCGAAAAGCUCAUUGCAGAUCAAGCGGCAAAGGGACUACACUUCAGCCCAGGACGGGUCAUGGAUGUCGUUGCUACGGACGCUGCCAUUUACGCCGAAGCUCGCCAACUUCUCGACUGGAACCUUCGCAACCCAUUCUGCGGCGCCUGUGGCCACCGUACAAUGUMCGUCAAUGCGGGAUUCAAACGCACCUGCCCUCCCAAAGACUCGUCAAAAGCACAAGCUGCAUCAGACCGCCCACCUUGCGUGACUCGCAAGGGAAUCUCAAACCUCUGCUUCCCACGCACAGAUCCGACCGUCAUCAUGGCAGUAGUAAAUGCUGCGGGAGACAAGAUUCUUCUUGGAAGGCAGAAGAGAUGGCCAAAAUACUGGUACAGCACCUUGGCUGGCUUCGCGGAGCCUGCAGAAUCGAUCGAGGAAGCUGUUCGUCGAGAGGUCUACGAAGAAUCCGGCAUCUUGGUCGGCCGAGUCGUCAUCCACUCAACUCAGCCAUGGCCAUAUCCGGCGAAUUUGAUGAUCGGGGCCAUUGGGCAGGCGAUUCCGACUGGCGAGACGAUAGAUCUGGGCAACGACCCCGAGCUUGAAGAUGCAAAAUGGUUCGACUUUGAAGAGGUAAGAGAGGCAUUGAGGGUGGGUACGAGUGGGCUGGGUGAAGAUGCAGGAGAAGGAUAUAAGGAGGGCGGAUUAAGGCUGCCGCCAAACACUGCAAUUGCAAACCAGCUGAUGACUGCGGUUGCCAAUGGAUUCGCCAGUGGCGAGAGCAAGAUGUGA